UUCCUUUUUCUACACCUUUUCUGUUUGAUCAAUGUUUUCAUUUUAGCCUACUUCUCCUUUGAAUAUAACAUCUUCCUUCUCCUCUCAUUUCUUUGCUUCUCCUUUUGUCGGAAAAAUAUGGAAUCAGGCAGAGCUCAUGGAAAGAAGACCUUGGUGAAAUACGAGGAAGAAGAGGAGGAGGAGGAGGAAGAAGAAAGCAGGAGUGGGACACCAUCAAUAGUGGAUGGUGAGGAUGAGAGGAGAGAUACAGUGAUGAUGAUGAAUAGUACUGCUCCUUCUCCUACAGGGAGAAGAUCUGGUGCAGGAGGGUCUACAGCAGGGCCAUGUUGUAAGGUAGAUAGUUGCAAUGCUGAUUUGAGCGAUUUAAAGCAAUACUACCGCCGCCACAAGGUCUGUGAUGUUCAUGCCAAGGCUCCGGCGGUGCUCAUGGGUGGAUUCCUGCAGCGCUUUUGCCAGCAGUGUAGUAGGUUUCACAGCCUAUCGGAGUUUGAUGACCGUAAAAGGAGUUGUCGCCGGCGAUUAGCUGGACACAAUAAGCGGCGUCGGAAAACAUCCCUACAAUAACAUGGACAUGGAGGCGAAGCUCCCAAUCUUCUGUCAACCCUCAGCCUUCAUUAUACGUAUGCACCACUGAAACU